AUGGGACACCUCGCGUGGUCGUUUUCCAUGGCCGAGUCGACUUGCUACUUCAUUUCCACAAUGGCGACUUCAACGCCGUGCCUCUUUGACGGGUGCACCAACCCGUCGCUGCCGUCGCGCAACAAGUGCCACUUUCAUCGGUACCGCUCCAAGUGCAGUGUCGACGACUGCUUCAAUCAAGUCUACGCGCGGCGUCUCUGCGUGAGCCACGGCGGCAAGAAGCUCUGCAAGCACCCACACUGCGCGACGCCCGCCCGCAUCGGCGACUACUGCACCAAACACACGACGCGCAUCCCAGCCGCUUGCCAAUUCGGCGGCGGCUGCGCCCGCCCCGCCACCGCCGGCGGUCUGUGCACACUACAUGGCGGUGGCACGCCGUGCGCAGUCGACUGCUGCUUGAUGCCGGCGCGG